CUCUCUCUCGCAUUCUCCCUCUCUUUCUCUCAUUUCUUCUUAUCUCUUAAUCCUUUCCAAUUGAAUGGUUAAUCACUGCCAAUUGCAUGAUUAAUCAUUCUCUUCUCAACUUUCCCUCCCUUCUCUCCUCUGCUCUUCUCUCUCCCUCGUCUGAAACCCUUUCCCUAAUUUCCCCAAUUCCUGAUUUCUCUGAUUUCUCCCUUCAGACAUCCAAGAUCAGGUCAGGUACCUGACACUUAUACUCUCAACUCUCGAGUCUCCGCUAACCACAAAAAGAAAAAAAACGAAAGGAAAGAAAAGGGGAAAAGGAGGAAGCAAAAAUGGUGUACUACUUCAAAGCGAGACCUGAGGCCGGAGAUUACACCAUCUUCAUGAGCCUCGACAAUCACGAGAACGAGGAGCUCUUCAAAUACGGCUUCCCUGAAGAUGUUUGGUUCCAUGUGGAUGAAAUGCCAUCCGCCCAUGUCUUUCUGAGAUUGCACAAGGGCCAAACAUUUGAUGAUAUACCAGAAGGUGUACUGGAAGAUUGUGCACAAUUAGUCAAAGCAAAUUCCAUCGAAGGAAAUGAGGUGAACAAUAUUGAUGUUGUUUAUACUCCAUGGCAUAAUCUUAAAAAAACUGCCUCCAUGGACGUUGGCCAUGUUGGUUUCCACAACUCAAAAAUGGUUCGUAUCGUCAAAGUGGAGAAACGAAUAAAUGAGAUAGUUAAUAGAUUAAACCGGACAAAGGUGGAAAGGAAACCUGAUUUGAAAGCUGAGCGAGAAGCAGUUAAUGUGGUAGAAAAUGCUGAAGCUGAACCAACUGUUGAUGAUCACUUCGACAAUUACACGAAAUAUAUUGAUGCGAUCGAAAAGGUGGAGAAAGCUAUCCUGGAGCGAAUUGAGAAGCUGGAGACACAAAUAAUAAAAGAAAUGAAGGCGACGGAGACUUCGAUUAGGAAAGAUCUUAACCAGAUUUCUUCUACUGGAAAAAGGCGGUUCCAUGUUGAAUGGGCAAGGCUGUUGCUGAAUGCAGCUGCCAUCGGUGGAACCUUUUUUAUGCUGUCUGUUGCUGGGAGGAAUGCAAACAGAAUGAUGCGUGACGUUGGGGAGUACGGCAAGAAGACAAUGGAUGCUGUUGUAGAUUCUAUUAAUGAAGUCAAGACUAAAAAAUUACAGUUGGUCAAAGGGCCAUUAUUUUCAUUAUGGUGACCACCCAUUAGUGGGCAAAUAUUGAUAGGUCUUGCUUCCACAAGAAAGAUGUUUGCUUGUUCUGCUGUUUGGACAGUUAUAGUAUGGCGCUGCUCAAGGAAUCAAUAUUAUGGAAGAGAAAAUCUAUUCUGUAAUAAUAGGACAUACAUUCAAAAACUGAAAGAGACUUGGUUGAUAGGGACCAAUUUAUUGUGCUUAUUGAGAAGUUUUGUGAAAAUUGAGUUUUAGUUUGACUCAAUAAAAUGGUCAGGUAAGUAUGAGUUGUCAAAAAAUCCAGGUGACCCACCAUUAUUAGUUAGGAUAAACUUUCAAUUGCUCUUUCUUAGACUGUAAUAACAGUUUUAAGAUUCUGAUGAAAAACCUGGUGAAUUGUGUUUAAUCUAUGUCUUUAGUUUUAACUUGAU